AGUGACUGAGUGAAGUUCUUAAAUGUAUUGUGGUUCCUUAUUACUUUGACUGUAUUUUUGGUGUUGCUUUUGUUUACCAAGUAUUUUUUGGUGCUGCUUUUGUCAGUUGAUCCCUUUCCUGGGAGGCUCAGUAGAGUUCUGAAGUUCCAGCCUUUCCUCCAGAGCAUGCAACAGACAGACUGCCAAGGGAGGCCUUCAGUUUAUUGCCCAUUCACAGUUGGUGUUUCCAAGGAGUUUUUGACAAAACACAAAAAGCCAGAAUACCUCAGUAACAUAAUGGGAAACAACAAGUACAGAUAGUUGCAACUGAUCGUUCAAGGUAAAAUAAGUGGCAGGAAAGGGCAGAAAUAAGAAUUUCUUACCUAAAGAACUUUGGAGACUACAUACUGUAUAUGGAUGCAACAUGUUUAGAUCUGCUGAAUAGAAAACUGAUGAUAUCUACCUUCCAGUCUUCAUGGUUGCAGGAGCAGAAAAUGGUGUUAUCUUGUUGAAAUGGAAAUCCUUUUGGAAUGGCUGGGACUUAAAUCAGCAAUGCAUGUGCCUUAACUCUGCAAAAGACUUGUUCCUGAGGAAGACUGAAAACUGCAAAACAUUGUUCUUUAUGUUCACGCUGCCGCCUGCAUUUGUCACCUUUUGGGGGCGUGGUUAUGAAGAAGACUCAUGAUGGGCACCGGUGUUUCAUUAUUUAAUGGCACACCGUUGAGUUAAAAUGUUGUCCCUUUAAUGAAAGAAUCCUUGGGGUUUCUCGCAUUGCAAGGCGUAAGGCCGGAAUUUUCAUCUUGAUUCAUCCCUGCAUUAUCUUAUGAAAGUAACGCGAUAAACAGCGUCUCACAGAACAAGCACGCAUACAGCUAAUGAGAAGGUCCAUUGAGCGUCAUAAGAUUUGCUCCCAGAAGCUGUGUAUGCGAUUACAGCCUGAAGGGCUUUUAAAUGAAUAAAGUGUCGUAUACUUAUUCGCUGGGAAGUCAACCCUGCUGCUGUGUAAGGAGAGCCACCUCGCCGCGACGGCCAGGUGAUGAGUACAGCACAGCGCACGGAGGGAACCCUUCUUCCGCGGCCGCCGCGAGUGCCCGCCCCUUCCUGCCGGGGCCCCACUUCCGCUUCGCCAAGAUGUCGGCCGCCAUCGCUGCCUUGGCGUCGUACGGCGGCUCGGAUUCGGACUCGGACUCGGACGCUGAGGGGAGACCCACUCGUUCGGCCCAGGUCGCCGGCGGGGAUGCCGUGCUCCACCUGACCUCGCCGCCCCCCGCCCUCGCCCACCAGGCUCUGGUGCCUGUCGUGGAUUCGGCCCCGGCAGUGGCUGUGAAGGAAGAUGUAGAAACAGGAGUUCACCUCGAUCCAUCUACCAAGGAAGUUCAGUACAAUCCAAGCUAUGACACUAUGUUUGCACCAGAGUUUGGACCAGUGAAUCCAUUUAGGACUCAGCAGAUGGCUGCACCUAGGAAUAUGCUUUCUGGAUAUACAGAGCCAGCCCAUAUUAAUGAUUUCAUGUUUGAACAACAGAGAAGAACAUUUGCAACUUAUGGAUAUGCAUUGGACCCCUCAAUAGAUAAUUAUGAGGUACCUACUAAAUAUAUUGGGUCUGUUGAAGAAGCCGAAAAGAAUCAAGGUCUAACUGUGUUUGAAACGGGACAAAAGAAAAUAGAGAAAAGGAAGAAAUUCAAAGAGAAUGAUGCUUCUAAUAUUGAUGGGUUCUUGGGACCAUGGGCAAAAUACGUUGAUGAAAAGGAAGUUGCAAAGCCUUCAGAAGAGGAGCAAAGAGAAUUAGAUGAAAUAACAGCAAAGAGGCAAAAGAAAGGCAAACAUGAAGACGAUAAACCUGGAGAAGAAAAAACUAUUUUACACGUCAAAGAUAUGUAUGACUAUCAAGGGAGGUCCUAUCUUCAUGUUCCUCAAGACGUUGGCGUCAACCUACGUUCAGCAGUACCCCCUGAGAAAUGUUAUCUUCCUAAGAAGCAAAUCCAUGUAUGGUCUGGUCAUACAAAGGGAGUCAGUGCUGUCAGACUGUUUCCUCUUUCUGGCCACCUGCUGUUGUCCUGCUCUAUGGACUGUAAGAUUAAGCUCUGGGAAGUUUAUGGCGAACGAAGAUGCUUACGAACUUUCAUUGGGCACAGUAAAGCUGUCAGAGAUAUUUGCUUUAACAAUGCUGGAAGCCAGUUUCUCAGUGCUGCAUAUGACCGGUAUCUUAAACUCUGGGAUACUGAAACAGGACAGUGUAUUUCACGAUUCACCAACAGAAAAGUUCCAUACUGUGUGAAAUUUAAUCCUGAUGAAGAUAAGCAGAAUCUUUUUGUAGCAGGAAUGUCAGAUAAGAAAAUUGUGCAGUGGGAUAUUCGAAGUGGAGAAAUCGUUCAGGAGUAUGAUAGACAUUUGGGUGCUGUCAACACCAUUGUAUUUGUGGAUGAGAAUAGACGAUUUGUGAGUACAUCUGAUGACAAAAGUUUAAGAGUCUGGGAGUGGGACAUUCCAGUAGAUUUCAAAUAUAUAGCAGAGCCAAGUAUGCACUCUAUGCCAGCGGUGACUUUGUCCCCAAAUGGAAAAUGGCUGGCUUGUCAAUCAAUGGACAAUCAGAUUUUGAUUUUUGGAGCUCAGAACAGGUUUAGGUUGAAUAAAAAGAAGAUCUUCAAAGGUCAUAUGGUGGCAGGUUAUGCUUGUCAAGUGGAUUUUUCCCCUGACAUGAGCUAUGUGAUAUCGGGUGAUGCAGAUGGAAAGCUGAACAUCUGGGACUGGAAGACGACAAAGCUCUAUAGCAGACUAAAAGCCCAUGACAAAGUCUGCAUAGGUGCAGUGUGGCACCCGCAUGAAACAUCCAAGGUGAUCACUUGUGGAUGGGAUGGCCUCAUUAAACUAUGGGACUGAAGGCUGCUGCCCCGUGAAAAUCUUACAUCUCCAAUCUCUGGGUGAACCUCCAAGAUUUCAUAGCACAUACCCUGUAGCAAAAAACAGCAGGCUAAAAACAGAAUAGUGGUAUGGUUGUUUCAAGUACCUCAGUAUUACAUGCUUCAUCAGAGACUCUAAAUACCUGGUCUGAAAGCCAAGUUCAAGCUAUGAGGAGCUAAAAGUGUCCUUGUAAAGUGGCCUAAAGUGGAAGCUAUUUAGUAAGCUUGGUAGUCAAUGAUUUUUGAAAUCAAAAUAAACUAAAUUGGACAGAUCUUUAAUUUCUGUGUUUUAUAAAACUGAAAGCUGAGCCCUCAUAAGAUUCACUCUACUCUGUAACUGCUCAAUUGGAAAGGUCAGAAUAUAAAUGGGAAGGGGGAGUUAACAGAAUGACCUACCUGUUCUUAGAAGUCUUAAGAGAGUGUUCUCCAAUUUCCAAGUGCAUAAGAUAAUUCACAUGUAUUUAUUGCAGAAACUGCUACUUCAUCUUGUUUUUGUAUUCAGUAUGCAUUCUCAGUCAUACUGGAACACAUCCUUCCACAAAGACUUUCCAUGCACUUGCAGUUUGUAGCCCUGGUUCUGUUUUCUGGCUGGAGUUACCACCUUGCCAAAAGACUUUGAAACAAAGUAGGAAGAUCAAAGAAUAAUCAGGUGAAAUUGGGCUUCUGGGAUGUAGGACAUAUUUUCUGUGACUGGGAAGACAUUCAAUCAAUGCAGCAUUACAUGCUUGCAAUUUAUGUCCCAUCAUGUGUAGAAAAGACCUAGCAAAUGCCUGACAUAGUGCUAUUGAAGUAACCUGCUUAUGAUCAAAAAUAGUCUAAUUAUAUUAGCAUUUUGAUUUCUUUUAAAUUUUACCUAUAUUCCAUAUACAUCCAUUAUUUUAAAUUCUCCCCUCUGAUACAAAUUAAAGCAAGCAAGCAAGCCCCAGUUCAGUUUUCAGGCUGGAAUCACCUUGCCAAAUGGAAAGGACCUCAAUAGAGAGAUCAGUUCUUGCAGAGGGAGUCCUGUUGCUUUACUUCAAGAGUCCAUCCUGUAGAAAAGAGGACUGCAGCCCAGUCCACUUUUCAGCAGCCUUCCUGCUUUGUAGGGUGCAUUGGUAUAGCUCAGUGUGUUCACAGAUGCAUAGAUUUGGUGUUACACAGUCAAGAACUGUCUGCAUCAGGUCAGGUUUCCAUUCUUCUUUAAAUCUUAUUUAAUUAAGAGAUCCAAAGAACAUAAUAUAUGUGUGUAUAAAAAAGUCAAAAGUUAAUUCACCAAAUACUAUUUGAAGAUAUAUCCCAUUCAACCAGUGGGGCUUUUACAAGGGCAGCAAUUACUGAGUUACUGACUUUGGGGUACAUUCAUAAAGAAGAUAUGCUGGGAACCAAACUGCAGCUUCAUUACCACUUCAUCAUCCAAGUCUUGUAAAUGGGCACUUUAAUAUUGAUUUUUUAUUUUAUAUAGUUGUGUGUUUUGUGCUAAACUACUACUGUACAUAUAUCUUUUUACAGAAAGCUAUUUUAAUAAAUGUUUUGAUAUGAAAAGAUGGAUUCUGGAUUCAGUAUAACAUUUUUAGCAUUGUCCAAAGUCUGCUUUUUAAAGUACUUGUUUGGUGUAGAUGUUGUAACUUCGUUUUCCACAGUGUGAAUAUGUUUUCCUUAUAUUGAUGAUAUUAAAAUAUUAUGCAAUA